AAUAAAUUAAAAAAAAAAAAAGAAGAAGAAUAGUUUACCAAAAGUUUUUAGUAUAUUGGCGAAAGAUACCUUCUAUUGCUGUAUCCUAAAAAAUGAAAACUGCUUCAUUGACAAUAGAUGGUCAUGAUUAUGAUUCUACAUCUUUUAUUAUUGGAUUACUAUUAGCUGUAUCUUCCAGCUUUUUUAUUGGUACAAGCUUCAUAAUAAAAAAAUUGGCACUUAAACAAACAAGCGCAUCUGGUAAUCUUAGAGCUUCAGCAGGAGGGUAUGGAUAUUUGAAACAAUGGAUGUGGUGGACAGGACUGAUAACAAUGGGAGUAGGUGAAAUGACCAAUCUUUUAGCAUAUGCUUUUGCUCCUGCAGCACUAGUAACCCCACUAGGAGCUUUAAGUGUUAUUGUGACCGCUGUCCUCUCAUCUAAGUUUUUAAAUGAGAAGUUGAAUAUUAUUGGAAAGAUUGGUUGCUUCUUGUGUGUCAUUGGAUCUAUUAUUUUCAUAAUCCACUCACCAAAAAACGAAGAAAUUAAAACAUUUAUGGAGCUAAUUGAAAAAUUGAGUGACUGCCUAUUUUUGACAUAUGUUGCAUCUGUAUUUGCGAUGAGUCUUGUAGUAAAAAUCUUUCUGGUACCUAGAUUUGGAAAUACAAAUAUAAUUGUGUAUUUGUUACUGUGUUCAACAAUUGGAAGUUUGACUGUAGUUUUUUGUAAAGCUGUUGCUAUGGGUGUUAAGGAAACAUUUGGUGGAAAUUUUAACGUGUUUUCACAUUAUGUGUUUUGGGUAUUGUUGAUUACUUCAAUAUGUUGUAUUAUGGUUCAAAUGAAUUAUUUGAACAAGUCAUUAGAUAGCUUUAAUACCAGUAUUGUUACUCCAGUCUACUAUGUAAUGUUUACUGUUUUAGUUAUAUUAGCUUCAAGUAUUUUAUUUAGGGAGUGGCAACAUAUGCCCUUUGAUGACAUUAUUGGAUGUUGUUGUGGCUUUUUAAUUGUAACAACAGCAGUUUUUAUAUUGAACUUAUUUAAAGACAUACAAAUAUCCUUUAAAGAUUUGAAUUUUUAUUCAAGAUUGAGAAGGGGGAGCAACAGUAGCUCAGCAGAAACAGAUAAUUUUAUACUAAGUGCAACACCAAUUAGAUAGUUCUGAUACCUUCAAUCAAACUGAUUGAUCAAAUAUUUUGUUUGCAAUAGUUAAUUAAUAUAAUAAAUAAAAAUAUUUGUUUGAAUUUUAUUUCAUGAUUAUAUGUAUAUUUACUGAAGAUAAAUAAAGCAGCACUUAAAUUUAAUUAUAGUGAGGCAAAUGAAAUGUAGACUAAAAAUGAUCCCUUAUACUGUGUCAGAAGCCAAUGAAAUCUUAAAAUGCACCAGUUCCUUUAAUUCUGCUUAUAGUAUAAGUCCAAAUUAUUUGAAAGGAGGUUAAUUACAUUAACUUGUGAAUGUUUUCAUAUGAAAAGUUUCUAAUGUAAAAAAUAACAAGAUUUUGAAAUACAAUAGCUUUUUAUCAUCACAAGUAAACAGUAACAGAUUGAUAAAUAAAUGUUCUACAUAUAGGGCAUGUUCUCUGGUAGCCAUAUAGGCGCCUACAACAUUCAGCACAUAAACAAACAUGACGACAAGGCAGUGUCAAAACACAUUUUUGCCUUUCUUGGCAUAUUAUACAAAGUGUGUCUGCAUUGCUCUCAUCAUCGAUCUCAUUUGUGACAAAAUUCACAUCUUGUUCUGAAACAUCUUGACCUCUUGUCAUAUGUGCAAUCACUCUCACCUCAGAGUCCAUAAUGUAAUUAUAAACCAUAUAAUACAGAUAUAAAAUUUUUCUUACUAAUAACCAAUAUAUGUUUAACAGUUGAGCUAUUAUAGAUUCUCGAAAAUGUAUGCAUAAACGACCUAUGAUUAUAGCACUUGUAAUCCCAAGAAAUGAUUCCAAGGGCACAUCAGUUAAAAAAUUCGUGACCUUCAACAGAGCUAGGUACGCAUCCACAAUCCCAUCAAAAAUUAUAAUUCUAACAUAUCUGAUAACUUCCUGCAAUAAUUGAGGCAGGUGAACAGGCACAAAGGUUACAAUUAACCAAAAUGUAUUUCCACUCAACACUAAAGCACCUUUUAUAAAAAAAAAUAUUUCAAUAAUCACAAGCAGUACACUGUUUAUAAUAGUUUUCAAAAAGUCAAAUGCAACACAAAAGCCAAGUCUGGAAUCUGAAUAAAAUAUUGAUAUUCUUUUAAAUAAUGAGUGCAACUGAUUCGUAAACGUUACUACGGCAUCAUUAACGAAGUACGGUAUGUCUUCCGAGAGUAAUUUUAUGUUGUCUUCAUAAACGAUUUGCAGAAACAAUAUUAAACUGUCAAAGACACCACACACAGUAUUGGAAAUUGCCGCGAAGGUUGAAAUAAUAAUUUUUCCAACAAAUGACGCCACAAGUAGACUUUUUUGCAUAAAUAAAGCAAAAAAACUUAAAAGUUUCGCUAUAAUUGAAAUCAUAUCUAAUUUUCAUGUUUUACCAAUUUUUUACGGUAGGUAUAUCUCUGAAUAAACUAAUGUGUACUCAGAGCGGUA